AUGCCCGACACUACAGACGACAACACGCAUCCGCAGUGCAGUGUGCAUCAUGGCUCAUACGCCAAGAGCCUUGUACCGGCUCUCGGCAAGCCAACAUUUGUCGGUGUUCACAAAUGGGAUACCCCUCCCAUUUGGAGGGCACUGUACAUGCAAAUUGCAAAAACCGGCGAGCAGAAAGGCGACAGACCUGCCUUUUAUAACUUUUCGACGCGUCGCGUUCGCGCUUGA